AUGAAAUAUGAAAAAAUAAAAUAUACUAUCAAAUCACCUUUAAACGUCCAUUUACAGAAAGCAGGAGCACCAAUAACAUUAACACCAUACUCAGAAGCAUCUAUACCCUGGAAUCAAUGGUUGCUUCUAUUUGAAAAUUAUUGCUGUCUCAAUAAUAUACAAGAUAAUACAAUUAAACAAAGAUUACUUAUACAUUAUUUAGGUCCUAAAGCUUUUGAUCAAUUAUAUAUAAUGUUAUAUCCUAAAUGUCUUUUUGAUAUGCCUUUUGAUGAAUUUUUAUCAAAUUGUAACGGAUGUUUUGGAAAUUAUAUAUCAAAUGAAAAUUAUAACACUUCAUAUCCAUAUUGUUAUACAAUUAAUGAUUUUAUUAAUCUAAAACAAUCAUCAAAUGAAAGUAUCUCUGAAUUUUAUCUAUUACUAAAACAAUCCGCCAUCAAUUUGGGAUUAAACGAUUCUGAACUUCAUCAGAAAAUUAUGUAUCGCACUUUUAUGAAUGGAUUAUACAAUCUAGAGAUUAGAAAACGGUUAAAAAAAGAAAAACAAGUUAUUAAAAGCCUUUUGGAUGCCUAUAAAUUUGUAAGAAAAUAUGAAAAAAUAGAAGAGUUAAAAGAUAGAGAAAGAAAUAAGAUAUUAAAACAAAUUUUGAUGCCUAAAUAUCCAGUUAAUGAAGAGAUUCCUGAUUUUUAA